AUGGAAGAGCGCUCGUGGCGCGAGCAGCUGCAGCAGCGGUAUGGAGAUCAACAGGCGCACACAUCCUCUUCCAUUGCUACGCCAGAUUCCAGCCUCUUUCGUAAGAAGCGGCGUAGUCGUGAACAACGUGCUGCCUUGCUAACAAGCGUCCAAGAACCCACCGAAGAUGAUUUUGUAUCUCUCGACGUGACGCAUGUACAGCCUCGUGGGGCUCUUACUCAAACUACCUCGUAUGAGGCAGGUCCGCAUCCGUCGUCUCGUCUCCCAAGAGAGGAAGAUGAAAUUGGACUGGGCGAAGACGAGCAUGCAGCGUACACGGAAGCCACAGAACGCAUCCCUCUUGGCCGGCAAGCCGAACGCCAGCGCAAGAUGGAGCGGCGACGGCAGAUGCGCACGCUGAUCGACGCUGUGGAAGGCAAGGAGGAGGAGGAAGAUGAUAUUGCCAUUGUCGUGCGGCGCCCUCGGCCUACGACGAAGCUAGCGCCUGGACUCACAGCUACACCUACGUCCAAAUCGACGCGUAUUUACGAAGAAGAUGCGUUUGCUAUGCAGGCAGAUGCCCUCCCAGCUAUGGCAGACGCUAUGGAGGAGGAUCAGGAAGAGGCAGAGGCGCACGAUGCAUGGGAACGCGCUCAGCUGCAGCGUAUGGGGCUUGAUACUACGACAGCGGACAACGAUGACACCAAGCGUUCAUCACGGCCUUCAGCGCCAGUGCCAAUGGUCGCAGCGUUGCCUACGCCUACCUCAUGCUUGGCACGCAUCCAAGCACGGCUAACAACACUGAGCGAGCGUGCGACCGAGCGUGAGACAACGAUGCAGCAGGCUGAGAAGGAAUUGCAGUCCAUCGAGACCGAGGAAACGACGCUGAAAGAAGAAGUGGAGGCUCUCGAAACCAAGGCCGCGUGGAUGACGGAGAUGGAAGCUUUCAUCGAGACGGUGGCCACGUUCCUCGACGUAAAAAGCCCCAUGCUGGAGACGUUAGAGCACAAUUCCUUGGCACUGCUUGUCGAUCGUACGCUUACGCGGCAGCGGGCUCGUUGGUUGGCACUUGAAGAUGCUAUGGCGCUGGUCUAUGGCGUUUCAUCUGCGUCGUUGGAAGUGAUACUCUCGUCGUCAGCGUCAGCGAGACAGCCGCGGCCCAUGGAUGCGAAUGGAGCGUGGAAUGAUCCACGACGUGAAGAACGGCGUCGACAUGCUUAUGAGCCACAAGAUACCAGUGCGCAGUGGCUCACGGAGACGGAGCGCCGCGAUUUCCUGGCAGCCAAGGCCGAUGUGCUUGAGCAGCAACAGCAGCUCCUAGCUGACGUCCAAGCUGCGGCAUUUCGUGAUCCAGCCGCUCCAGAUACGCCGGACUCGUUGGUGGAGCGCUUUCAUACGUGGCGCGAGCGCUUCACGAAAGAGUACGAUCUUGCGUGGGGCGGUUUGGCGCUAGCAAACGUAUGGGAGUUUUGGGCUCGGUACGAGAUGGCGGUAUGGGAUCCGUGUUGGUGUGCGCAACAGGACGAAGAAGUACGGCUGCUGGGCCCGCCUGCUGGUCUGGACGGGUUUGCGUGGGAGCACGCUUUGCAGGCGUACAUGGACCGAGCGACGUUACCCCGCGGCGGUGACGAGGAAGCACUCUCGACGUUGGUCGCCAAUACCGUCGCCCCACGUCUUACGGCCCUUGCCGAGCAGGGUGCGUACGAUCCAUGGAGUCUAGUGGAGACGCAGGCGAUGUUACAGUUAGUGGAACAAGCCUCUUACCUUCUCGACAAUGACCAAUGGCGGUACCAAGCGAUGCUUCGUGCCUAUCUUCACGUGUUGGAAGCGCAUACGCAAGCUGUUGCCAAUGCGAUGCGAACGCCGCCGACGUACGCAGGGGCGCCUAUGCAUCCAGACACGAUCAUCAUGCGCCAGCGCAUCGUACACAUGCUGUAUACCCUAGCGCUCAGUACCCUCCGAUGGGGUGUGCACUUGACGGGACCGCAUGCGCCGGCAUGGAAAGACGACGAAGGCACACGGUACGAAGCGUGUGCCGACAACAUUCUAUCCUGUGUAUGGAAUGCGAUGGCGGAGGCCGUGCCCGAUAUAACGUACGCAGAUCUCGUCUCGAACCUAUGCGCCGCGUGGCCAGCGCCAACAAUGUGCGCUGAUUUGUAUAGUCGAUUUACGGCAUGGCAGCACAAUGCUGCCCAGCGAUAG